AAACCCCGAGUAGAGCCAAAGAGUUUCAGUCCAGAGUUUGUUGUUCUCGAGCAAUACAGAGUGGAGCUGAAUAGUCUCUGUUUGACUACAUCAGCACAACGCGCAGCCGCUCUCCACGCGAAUCAUCUCCCAGUAGCAAAAGCACCACCAGAAAAGAGAAAAGAGUCUAUCACCUCUCAGACUCAGUGUAUCAGCUAUCUACCAUAAAACCGCGAGCUUUGUGCACUCGACAUUUUUGUUAAAUCUAUAACAAGAUUAAAUAAACAAGAUCACUGUUAGCUUCUCAUUUCUUCAGCAUUUAUCACAGGUACAAUGAAGCUGUGGUGGAGCUUAAUAUUGCUGCUGGGAGUUGUACUCUCAAUAAUGGCAAUUACGGUACAAGCUGAAUCCGAUGUAUGGGAGGAAGAAGAUGACAAAGAAGUACUCGUGCGAACUGUACGAGGUACUAAAGACCGUGCGUCAGGAAGUAAUGGAUCAAGUUGUAGAUAUUCAAAAGGCGAAUGGAAUGAAUGCGAUCCAAAAACAAAUAUGCGAUCACGUACUUUGAGUUUGAAGAAAGGAGACAAAACUUGUGAACAAACUAAAACAAUUCAGAAGAAAUGCAAAAAGGGCAAAGCGUGUCGCUAUGACAAAGGAACAUUCAGUGCAUGUGUAAAUAUGUCAAUGACACGAGUGGAUAAUUUAAAAGCCAAUAGCGAUUCAUCAUGCGACCAAACGCGUCGCAUUACUAAAAGCUGUAAACCAGAGGCUGCAAGCUCGAAAAAAGUUACCAAAGCCGAUCGCAAUAGAAAGACUGGAAAACAGUAAACAGUCAACAUAAAGCUGUACAAUUAAAAAAAAAAAAAAAAAAAAAAAAAAA